UGUCGUGAAAAAAGUACCUGAGCCAGAGGUGUUUGGUCACAAGACAACACACUCGAGAACUUCAGCCGGGUAUAUUUACUUUAGUCAUGACUCUCACAGUAAAACAACAAAUCGAGUGAUGUUAUGCAUUUUUAAUAAGACCAAGACAUUUUGGAUACAACGGGCGUGUCGCAGACGCAGGUGGAUGUAACAAAGUUGAUUAAUCUGCUGCGGGACAUUGGCAGAUAUGGAGGAGUCCAGUGAUUUGUAUGACGUGUAUGAGACAAAUGACCCCCCUCCAUGGGCAGACAACCAACAUCAGUGUCUGGAGGAUCUCGACAAUGCAGACGGUCUCAGAAGAAAGAUCAAAUACUACUUUAUGAACCCCUGUGAGAAGUACCACGCUCGCGGCCGAAAGCCAUGGAAACUUGUACUGCAGAUUGUCAAAAUUGCCAUUAUUACUAUCCAGUUAGUGUCUUUUGGGCUGAGCAACCAGAUGGUCGUCACAUUUAAGGAGGAAAAUCUGAUUGCAUUCAAGCACCUCUUCUUGAAAGAUUAUGUCGAUGGAGGCAUGGAUACAUAUGCUGUUUACAGACAGACUGAUGUUUAUGAUCACAUCGAUUACAUCCUUGAACAGUAUGGACAUCUGCACAACAUCACAGUCGGCAAUCACGCAUAUGAGAAAAAUGGUGCCCUCUACACGCCUCUGUCAGUGUGUCAGCAGUUCUACAGAAAUGGUACCAUCUACCCUGGAAAUGAAACCUUUGAAAUUGAUGCCCAAGUGGAAACUGAUUGCAUCAAAGUUUACCCGAUGUAUCAUCCGUCAUUGCAGGAAGCAUUCCCACAAUUUGAACUGCAUUUCAAAAGGAUGAUUUCUGUCAAGAUCACAUUUGUCCUGAAGGCUAUAAAUUUACAGACAGUGAGACACCGAGAGCUGCCAGACUGCUACGACUUUACUGUUAUUAUCACUUUCAACAAUGAAGCUCACAGCGGCAGGAUAAAGGUUGACUUGGAAAAUGAUGUAGACAUCAAUGAAUGCAGAGACUGGAAAGUAACUGGAGCAUCUGCAAGAAACAUAUACCUGACUGUGCUGUUUGACUGCCUCAUCAUUAUAACGUGCAUCACCUCCUUCAGCCUCUGCACACGCUCAGUGAUCAAUGGGAUUCAGCUGCAGUUGGAAUACACACUCUACUGCAAGAACGACUGUGGUAAAGAAGUCCCAUGGUCUGACAAGUUGGAGUUUGUGAAUGGCUGGUACAUCCUUAUCAUCGUUAGUGACACCUUGACCAUAAUUGGCUCCAUUCUCAAGAUUGAGAUCCAGACCAAGGUCCUCACAAGUUAUGAUGUGUGUAGCAUCUUCCUUGGGACCGGCACCAUGUUUGUCUGGAUUGGGGUUAUCCGCUACAUGGGCUACUUUAGGAAGUAUAAUAUUCUCAUCCUGACACUGAGGGCAGCGUUCCCAAAUGUUAUCCGUUUCAUCUGCUGUGCUGGAAUCAUCUACCUCAGUUACUGUUUUUGUGGCUGGAUCGUCCUUGGCCCGUAUCAUGAGAAGUUCCGUACCUUGAACACAGUGUCAGAGUGUCUGUUCUCCCUGAUCAACGGCGACGACAUGUUUCCCACCUUUAAGAACAUGAAGCAGAAGAGCAGCCUGGUGUGGAUCUUCAGCAGGGUCUACCUCUAUACAUUUGUCUCCCUCUUCAUCUACAUGAUCCUCAGCCUUUUCAUCACACUCAUCACCGACACCUACGACACCAUCAAGCAGCAGCAGCAGAGUGGAACCCCGACAUCGGAGCUGCAGAAAUUCAUGUCUGUGUGUAAAGAUCUGCCAAACUCUGGGCUGUACAGACUGGACGAGAACAAAAGCUGCUUCUUGAACUGCUGCAGCACCAGGUUCACGACGCUUCGAGAGAGGUUGACUUCAGAGGCCUAGCUCCCCUUUAAUAUGGAAAUAUUGAAAGGCUUUAAUGUAUAAGCUAUAACCUAACAAUUGAUGUGCACUUUACAUUUUAUUGGGAGAGUUUGGAAAAUACUUUCUCCCCUUUAACAUUUUGUUCAUGGUGAUUGAUUUAAGGAGCAGUUUGUAAGUUCUAGAAAUGCCAAACGGGAAACGAGGGAAUGAUACGUUAAAGUUUGGUCUCUAUGAUGAACGGAUACAGAGAGCACUUUGUAAAUAAGCUUAUUUAUAUUGACAUGUAGAUGAAAAAAAUAUGAGUAUUGUUUUACCCGAGCACGUCAUUUGGAUUGAUCACCAUGUUGUACACUGAAGAUUAAAUAAAUAAACAGUAAUGUAGAUAAUUA